UUCCCUUUUCUUCCUUAUCGUGAAGCUUUUUGAUCAUCCCCUUCCAUUCGUCAACAGCCAAGAUGUCUUACGCCGACGCUGCUGCAAAGGGUGCCAAGCAGACUCCCGAAGAGGCCGCUGCCCCUCAACCUCCCGAAAUCAUCCCCAACGAAUCCUCCUCGACGGCAUCCCUCAUCGACGUCGACAUGCCCAGCGUGCACACCGUCCCGCCCGACUUCCUCGAGCAGGACGUCCAGACGGAGACGCAAGCGGAGCGCAUCGCGCGCGAGGAGGAAGCCGCCGAGCAGGCCAAGCAGCAGCGGCAGCAAGCCGAGGCCGCGGCGGCAGCCAAGAAGAAGGCGGCGAGCAAGGCCCGCAAGGCCGACUCGUGGCUGACGCGCCAGUUCUCGCAGCUGUCCGACGGCAGCGUGACGGCGAUUGCGCUGGCCAACGUGGCGGGCGUCGUGGGCGUCAGCGGGUUCCUGGGGUACCGCGCCUGGGGCCUGUACGAGAGGCGGGUGCUGGACUGGAAGCACGUCGGCGUGGGCGUGGGCGUGCUUGCUGCGGUGGGCGCGGUGGAGGCGGUGCUCGGACGUUAUUUGUACAAGAGCAAGGAGAGCGAGUCUCGAUGAAGGUUGGGCGUUUCGGUUAGGAGAGCUUUUGGUGUUUUGACUCUUUGUCUCUCUGCUCUGAUUAUGGCCACCAUCGUUUGAGUGGCAGUUACAUACUCAAACAACGCACAUAACGACUCUCUUCUAAUUUGACCAUUAUACCCAACUACAUCU